CACGCGCGAUGGGGGCUCGGGCGGUGGUCGUCCACGUCGCGCUCACCCUCCUCUCGUUGGCGCGCGGGGCGAAGGGUCAGGCUGAUCUGAGCGACUUCAACCCCCCCGACCUGGGCCGGCGCGUCGCGGGCCUGCAGCUGGCGCUGUGGAAGUACUACAGCAGGCUCUACUCCAUCCCGAACUUGGAUAGUAAGCCCCCGGACCUGGUGACGUGGAUGACGCAGGUGAACAAGCCCGGGACGUUCGGCAUCUGGCCCGAGGUGCAACUCAUGGGCAGUGACGUCGUGCCCGCCUUCCCUUUCUACGACGGGCGGACCUACCAGGACCGGUGGGCGGCGAGAAUAACCGGCAACCUGUUCAUUGAAAAGACGAACACGUACACGCUCGAGCUGGAGAACAGGGAGGGUGCGAAGCUGUGGGUGGACGGAAGCCUGGCGGUGGACAACGACUUCAGCGUGCACGAGACUGGGGAGACGGACAUGAGGUCCAAGCACGCGCACGUCCACCUUAGCGCGGGGUACCACCACGUCCGCAUCGAGUUCUUCGUGGACCAGACGUGGACCGGCCUCCGAUUCUGGUACGGCGCACCGGGUGUGCCGAGGAUGAUCAUACCCGCGUCCGCGUUCUCCCUGCCGGACGCGUCGUGCUGUCUAUGCCAGUGCAAAAGGGGGCAGUGCAGAAUAGCGGACUACGGCACCAAGAUCGUGGACUGCCUCUGGCCGACAGACGCGGGGCCCAUUGACUUUUUGCGACCGCUCGCAAUGGAAUCAACUCCAGAUCCUAACGACGCGGGCACGUGCAAAGAACCGUGCGAGGAUCCGGGCUCGGCGUCAGCGGCGGACACGAGGCAGGCAUCCCCGCACUUCUACUACGGACAGUGAGGCGCCGGAUGUGUUAGACUUGAGGUGAGUAGGUAGGUAGAACUUAGCUAGAGUAGAAUUCAACACGAGAAGUGUCAGUCCGAGU